AAAUUAAAAACCACAUUAAGGUUUGGCGGAAGAAGGAAAAUGGCGCCAUUACUCUAUUAUAUCACAGCCUUUCAAGUUCCAUUAUAUGAUAAUCAAUAACUUUCUCCUCACAAAAAUAUCAUAUCAAAAGGUGGAGAUACUUUGGGGCAAAAAGCUACAUCAAGAACCUACGAUGGUUGAUUUCGAUUUGAAUGAACCUUUAGUUGAGGAAGAUCAGAGGGAUUAUGAUGAACCUUUUAUUGGACAGACCUUUGCAAGUCAAGAAGAGACAUUUGCUUUUGCUUUUUAUAACAAUUAUGCAAAACAACAUGGUUUUGUAGCCCGCAAAGAUCGUUCAGAUACUAAACAUGGAAAGACUAUUAGACGUGAUCUUUUAUGUCAUCGCGGAGGUAACCUACGUUUAAAGGUAUUAAACCCCUGUAUAGCUCAAAGAAAUAAGGGAUCGUCAAGAUGUAGUUGCAAAGCUCAUGUGCGAAUUACUCUGAAGAAGUCCUUUGACAUAUUUCCGGAGGAAUGACAUGUAACAAAAUUCGUAAAGGAGCAUAACUAUGGUAUGGUGUUAUCACAAAUGCGUUUUCUUGCAGCAAAUCGAGUUAUCACAAAAGAGGAUGAAAAACAAAUUAUAUUAUACAAGGAAGCGGGGUUGCCUGUUAGACAAAUAAUUUGAGUGAUGGAGCUUCAAAAAAACGUUAAGCAUGGGGAGUUAUCUUUUCUCGAAAAAGAUGUUCGUAAUCUUUUUUGUACAGUUAAGAGGGAGCUUGACAUGGAUAAUAUAAAAAAUACAAAUCUUUUUGAAUAUAUCAAGUCCGCAAAGCAAGACAGUCCACUAUUUCAAUAUACGUACACACUUGAUUAUGAAAACAAACUGGAAAAUAUUUUUUGGUGUCGAGCUCAAAGUUUUGAUUGGUACCCAAAAGCUAGUAUGGUGAUGUGGUGGUUUUUGAUAAUACCUACAAAGUUAAUUCAUACGACAUGCCUUGUGGAAUAUUUGUUGGUAUUGAUAAUCAUGGAAAGACAAUUUUGUUUGGGAUGAUAACUACCGGAAGAUCGGAGAGUAUAAACGCGUUUAUCAAGCGGUUUGUUUCAUCUCAUAUAAGUCUGACCGAAUUUGUUAAACAGGUGGAUAUUGGUGUUGAAGAAAUUAUUCAAGGGCAUGUACAUUUGGACUUGACUGACUCUCUUAAACCAACUUCUUUGAAAACAAAGUCACCUUUGGAAGAACAAGUUUUUGGAGUGUUUACGCCAUUUGCUUUCAAAAAGUUUCAAGAAGAACUUACAAGAUCAACUUUGUAUUCUAUAAUUCAUGUGGAAGGCGAUGAGUUCAUAGUGAGAUAUUAUAAAGGUGAAGAUAAAAUUUCUCAUGGAGUCUUUUGGAAUGGAAAUACAUCAAUGUGUAGCUGUAAGAAUUUUCAGUUUUGGGGUAUACUUUGUCGCCAUAUAGUACGGGUGUUGUUCCACAAAGAUUGUUUCAAGAUCUCAUCCUCAUAUUUACCUCUACGAUGGUGUUGUGAUGCAUUACAAGCUACUACUAGCAGUGGCGGACCCACCAUAUAA